AUGCACUCAUGCCCUCACGCCAUCAUGCCCUCAUGCCCUCAUGCACUCAUGCCCUCAUGCCCUCACGCCCUCAUGCCCUCAUGCCCUCAUGCCCUCACGCCCUCAUGCCCUCAUGCCCUCAUGCCCUCAUGCCCUCAUGCCCUUAUGCCCUCAUGCCCUCAUGCCCUCAUGCCCUCAUGCCCUCAUGCCCUCAUGCCCUCAUGCCCUCACGCCCUCAUGCCCUUAUGCCCUCAUGCCCUCAUGCCCUCAUGCCCUCACGCCCUCAUGCCCUCAUGCCCUCACGCCCUCAUGCCUUCAUGCCCUCAUGCCCUCACGCCCUCAUGCCCUCAUGCCCUCAUGCCCUCAUCCUUUCAUGCCCUCAUGCCCUCAUGCCCUCAUGCCCUCACGCCAUCAUGCCCUCAUGCCCUCAUGCCCUCAUCCCCUCAUGCCCUCAUGCCCUCAUGCCUUCAUGCCCUCAUGCCCUCACGCCCUUAUGCCCUCAUGCCCUCAUGCCCUCAUGCCCUCAUGCCCUCACGCCCUCAUGCCCUCACGCCCUCAUGCCCUCAUGCCCUCAUGCCCUCACGCCCUCAUGCCCUCAUGCCCUCACGCCCUCAUGCCCUCAUGCCCUCAUGCCCUCACGCCCUCAUGCCCUCAUGCCCUCAUGCCCUCACGCCCUCAUGCCCUCAUGCCCUCAUGCCGUCAUGUACUCCUGCCCUCAUAUACUCAUGCCCUCACGCUUUGACUGGUCCACCGCAUUGGAUGCCUCCUUUUUUUCGCUAG